GUCCUCAAGGAGACUUCACCUGCGCUUCUACGCAAGGACUUCUAUACUCUCCUGCGGCAUGACUAUCCCGACCUUGUCCCUCUUCGAUUCCUGAAAGCCCGCUUGUAUGAGCUAGACAGAUCCACCCGCAUGCUUCUCUGCAGUCUCUCCUUUCGGCGUAAAGCCAUUCCAGUCGCAUUACGCAGCGAGACAAAGCACGACAUGGACUUUUUACGAUCAAUGAAGAAGGCGAAAUCUUUUGUACCAUGUUAUGAUCAACGCGGACGGACCAUCACCACCAUUCGCAUCAAGAAUCACAGUAGAGGGGAUUGCACCCAGGCUACGUUUGAGAAUUAUAUGAUUUACUGCAUGGAGCAUGCGCAUCUGCUGCAUCUCCCAUACCAAGAUCGGACUGUGCUCUUGGUGGACAUGACGGACUUUAGCUUGACUGCACUCGACCUGACGGCCAUCAAGUUUAUUAUUCAGAAUUUUGAGCAAAACUACCCAGAAGAGCUGAGCGAGGGAAUCAUACACAAUGCACCUUGGCUCUUUACGACUGCCUGGGCUGCCAUCAAACCUCUUUUGCGGGGACCCACACGGGAGAAGAUUACAUUCACGAGCAAUGAGAACGAUCUCGCUGCCAAGCUUGGAAAGGAAGCUGCGCGUACCGCACUCAAGUAUCAGCUCGAGUACCAUGGUCGGCCGCUGGAUGAAGACUGGAAAGAUGAGGCGGCAGAUCCGGCGACCGCUUCACCUGAGUAUCACGCAGCCAUGAAAGUAUGGGAGGACAACAUCAAGACCUUUGAAGGUCUCACAAAACGCUGGAUCGACCCGGAUCUUGCAACGUCGGUUGAUUCUGCAGAUGAGAUUGCAAAGCUUGAGCAAGAUCGGAUUGAUGCAAGCUGGACGCUUGCUGAGAGUUAUUGGUUGAUUGACAAGUUUGUUCGACCUUCCUCCUACUACGACAGACUAGGGUUAUUGCCGCCA